AUGAAAACAAUCGAAAUACGUUUAUUUGUUUUCGACCCGCUAGAACUGACUAUCACAGAUCUUCAAAAAAUUUGUCCCGACGAGGAGAGAUAUCUGGUGAAGAUCUUCGCGUGGGGAGUUAAUUUCUUUGAUAUGCUUCAAGUCUGUGGCAAGUACCAGGAACAGCGGCCAUUUCCGUGGAUAGCUGGCAUGGAAUUCGCGGGGAUAAUUGUUGAUAUCUCUAAAAGUGAUGUAAAAACAUCAGACGUUACAACUUCAGCAAGCUCGAAGACUUUCAAUGUGGGGGAUCGAGUGUUUGGCUCCUGUCGUGGUGCCUAUGCUUCACACAUCCUUGUUCCAUCCGGAUGUAUCAUCCACAUUCCCUCCGGUUGGAGUUUCAAAGACGCAGCAGGACUACACGUCUCAGUACCCACUGCCUACGCAGGCCUGGUUACGAGAGGCAAGAUACAAUCCGGGGAGUGGGCUUUAACCCACGCAGGUGCUGGCGCUGCGGGCUUAUCUGCAAUACAAAUUGCGAAAGCCCUUGGGGCAACGGUGAUUGCAACGGCUGGAAGCCCUCGUAAAUGCAAAAUCUGUCAGGGUUAUAGAGCAGACUACGUGAUAAAGUACCGGGAGAAGGAUUGGACGAAGCAGAUCAUUGGCCUGUGCGAGCAGCAUCGCGAGGGUAACGGACGCAAAGGGGUGGAUGUCGUUCUCGACCCGGUGGUAAGAUAA